UAUAUUGUUACCGUAGAUCAGUGUUGCCAGUAAUAUCUAACCUAUUUUAAUAUAGGAUUUUAAUUUGAAAACAAAUCAAAUACCUUCUUUAAUAGUUUUUUUAAGAUGAUUUCUUUUCGAUCAAAGUUUCUAUUUUCACGUACGCCGAGUUUAAUACAAGUAUUCCAAUAUCAAAGUAGCCAUAAUAAAAUCCUAACUUACUUUAACCAAGAAAAACAUCUUAAAGAAAUGCUUGAGUUCAUUCCAAGUAAAUAUUUAGAAUCAAAAAAGUAUAACUCUUUAGAAUCUCUUUACUUAAUUGAUCUGUAUAUUGCGCGAAAUAUUUGCCAGCACAUGUUACCAUGUCUGAAAGAAGGUCAUCAAGUCAUAGCUGAAACUGGAGCUGGUCUAGGUCUUGUUGCAUCUGAAUUACUAGACAAUAAAGUCAAAAAUGUUAGACUAUAUGAGUGUUGUCACGAAUUUCGUGCUGCAUUACAUGAUUUCAACAAUGUGUACCCAAACAGGGUUGAACUUUUCAAACAAAACUUCUUCCAUUUAGGCAGGAUAUCAAACCAAGACAAAUAUGACAGAGGGAAUAGAGUCUCCCAAAUGUUAAAAAAUGUACCUACGAAGAAAUGGCAAGAAGGCCCAUGCAUGACAAUCUUUGGUUGCAUGGUGAACAGAAAUUUUAUUAAUUAUUUGCUAAAAGUGAUAGCAAUGCAGACUGACAUUUUUACUCAUGGUAGAAUUCAAUUAUUUGUAGUGAUGAGACCAUCUGAUUAUAUUAAAUUAACUGCUGAUUCAAAAUCUAAUCUUCACACUUACUCAGCAUCAUCAGUGUUAUUUCAAAUAUUUUUUCAACAUGAAUUACUUGAAAAAUAUCCCAGGCAGGCCUUCUUGCCCUGGGAAAAUAAGUUACGAACACGGAUUAAAGCUCGAUACAGUCAAACAAUCGACGUUGAUCAACUGUAUUUUGUGAAGAUUGUUCCCAAGCGGACCUUACCGGUUUCCACUGAACAUUUAUUACCUUUGCAUUAUUUUGUUCGGCAACUUUUUGGUCGCGGGACGAAUCGAGUGUUGCCAACAAUUGAAAAAUGGUUACCAGGAUUUGGGAAAUAUUUAAUUGUGCCUUCAAAAAAGUACACCCAUUAUUAUGAUGAUAUUAGUAUUUUUACUAUGUUUGGUGAGUUGAAUCCGCCGGAAAUUCUGUCUUUGUUUCAGGAAAUGACUGAAUAUGAAGGCUACAAAGGAAGCGCAUUUGAAGCAAUGGUUCAAUCCGAGCUGGUAAAGUACGAGACGCGAGAAAGUGACAAUAGUCUACUAUUAGAAGAUUCUUUAGAUCAAUUAGAUGUUGAAGACUUGGAAGAAAAAUUUGAUUGAAAUAAAGACAAAAAUACAUAUAAUUGCUAUAA